AACGGACGUAAUUAAAUUGUUACAAAAUUUCAUUUAAAAUGUGGUCAGUUGUUUUGCGUUUAUAGUUUAUUUAAGGUUCGAGUUUCUUUGUUUAAAGGUUCGUUUGAAAAUAAACUACAAAAUAAGUUUGUUUUGUAAUAUAUUAACUGAAAAAGUGAGAAAAAGGACUGAAAAUGCAAAAAGUCAGUCGUUAACGUGAAGAGCCAAUGUAAUUCCACACCAAUUAUUGGGAUCGUGCAAAACUAUUGCAAUUAAAAUUCACUGUACAAUUUCCAGUAUGUAUUUUUAAUUUGAUACCGACUGCUGCAUGGCCGACCAAAACGAGAAAAUGAUACAUUUUUAUUAAUUGGUUUGAAGCGUUGUUAUUUUUUAUUAACAACUCCAAUUAACGACUUUUUCAACUGGUAUACAGACCGUCUAAAAAAACUCUGUUGAUAUAAAAAGUGAGAAAAACAUUCGCGGUUUAAAAGAAAAAUGUGUUCUUUCGGAUGAAAUUGUGUAAAUAGUUGAUGAGGGCGGAAUGAAGAACAUCAGGCCCUGUUUUUGGUCUAUUCUGCAGGCGUUGGCUUUGCUCCCGACGAUGGCUCUAAAAGAUUCUCAAAUGACGACGAAGCGUUUCUCCGAGGAGCCGGAGUUCGAGCGGCCCAUCGGCAACCACACGUUCUUCCUGGGACGCGAGGCCGUGCUGGGCUGCGCCGUCACCAACCUGGCCAAACACAAGGUCGGCUGGCUGCGCGCGGAAGACCAGACGGUCCUCACCAUGCACGACCGGGCAGUCCUCGGGGAGAGGUACUCCGUGAGCCUGGACGCGCCCCGCACCUGGCAGCUGAGGAUCCGGCCCCUGCGCGCCGAGGACCGCGGCUGCUACAUGUGCCAGAUCAACACGCAGCCGAAUAUGCUGAUGCAGACUGGGUGUAUUGAUGUCUAUGUACCUCCAGACAUCGUCAGCGACGACACGUCAGCAGACGUCGCGGCUCAGGAGUCGGACAACGCGACGCUGACGUGCCGCGCCACGGGGCACCCGCCGCCCAAGAUCACCUGGAGGCGGGAGGACCACGAGCCCAUACUGCUGAAGAAGAUGCCCCAGUUGAGGGAGUUUGAGAAAGUGGAGAGCUACGUGGGCAGCUCGCUGCCGCUGUGGCGCGUGGACCGGCGGCAGAUGGGAGCGUUCCUGUGCAUCGCGUCCAACGACGUGCCGCCCGCCGUCAGCAAGCGCGUCAUACUCAACGUCAACUUCGCGCCAACAGUAAAAGUGCCAAAUCAGCUGCUCGGCGCCCCGCUAGGAACGGACGUCAAGCUCAAAUGCUACGUGGAGGCGUACCCUAACACUAUUAACUACUGGAUCAAGAACCGGGGGGAAAUGCUUCUGGAUGGGCCAAAGUACGCGAUAAGAGAGGAGAAGACGUCGUACAAGGUGUCGAUGUGGCUCACCAUCCGCCAGUUCUCCGCGAGUGACAUCGGCACCUAUAACUGCGUCAGCACCAACUCACUGGGGAAGAGUGAGGGGACGCUUAGGUUAUAUGAAAUAAAGCUCACCUCUUAUUCGGAAGACUUCACAAAUCAAAUAAGUGUAGCUGGAGGUUUAACUGAAGCAGCGAAAGGACAAACGGCAAAUUUACUGUCUUCUAGAAAACUAUUAUGUUUCGUGUUGUAUUACCUAUCCGUAACGAUGUUAACGUAGUUUUACAAGUAAGCGAAUAGAAAUGUAAAUAAUAAUAUUGAUUAAUGCUUUAAGGAACGUAAUUCAAUUACAAGUGAUUUUAAUUUUGUAAAUAUUGGUCUGGUUAAGUGAGUAAACUUAAUAAUAUGUUAUUGUGUCAACUUCAUACAGAAAACAACGAUUUCAGUAAAUUAUAACAGUGAUAAAUAAUAAGCUAUUGGGGGCAAUUCCGAAGAAACUUAGAAAGGAAAACUUUAAUUUUCAACAAAUCAUUCUUUCCCUAUAAAGUAAUCGUCUUUAAUAUUGAGUUGUAAUACCAAUUUCUGGUCCGAAAUUUAAAACUUUUAAGCUUUAAAUUAAGUUUGGUUGAUUCAGAAUGACCCCCUGUAUAUGUAUAAUCGAUCUUCGCUUGGAGCCGCCAAAACUUAACAUUAAACCAAUCUGUAACUCAUUACUUGAUUAUAAGACUGUUUAAAAACGAAUAAAAAUUAUGUGAAAGAU